UAGAGAGUAGGACUUUAUAUCUUCCUUCCCACACAACACAAUCUCAUUUCUCAUCAGAAAAAGGAGAGAAUAGAAAGAAAGAGAUGGGAGAAGAGGAUAGGGUUCCUUUGUUUGAGACAAAAGAAGCAAGAUUCCGAGGAGUGUACAAGAUGUUAGCAACAACAAUACUUGGAGGUAUCGGUUUGAUUUGGUUGUACAGAUUAACAAACAUGCCAACAGGUAAAGGUGAAGGCAGGUGGGCUUGGAUCAUUCUUUUGGUGUCGGAGGUGGCUUUUGGAUUGUACUGGAUCAUCACUCAGUCUGUUCGUUGGAGAAUUGUCUAUCAAACUCCUUUCAAAGAUACCCUCUCACUCAGAUAUGAUGAAGACAAUUUACCAGCGGUGGACAUUUUUGUGUGUACAGCUGACCCAAUACUCGAGCCUCCAUGCAUGGUGAUUAACACAGUAUUAUCGGCGAUGGCGUACAAUUAUCCUUCGAAUAAAUUGAGUGUGUAUCUCUCUGACGAUGGAGGGUCUCAGCUAACAUUCUAUGCUCUCUUAAAGGCCUCCGUUUUCUCAAAACAUUGGGUGCCAUUCUGCAGAAGAUUCAAUGUUGAACCCAGGUCACCGGAGGCUUACUUUGCCGGCCAAAAUUGUAGCACUAGUAGCAUUGAGUAUCGCCAAGCAUGGUUAUUUAUCAAGAAAUUAUAUGAAGACAUGAAAGGUGAGAUUGAAUCGGCUGUAGCAAAGGGCAAGAUUCCAGAGAAUGAAAGGAAUGAACACAGAGAAUUCUCAGAAUGGAAUCCUAAGACGACAAAGCAGGACCACCAGCCUAUUGUGCAGAUCAUAAUCGAUGGUAGGGACACAAAUGCUGUAGAUGAAGAUGGAAUUCAAUUGCCAACACUCGUAUACAUGGCACGCGAGAAACGACCCAACCACCCUCACCAUUUCAAAGCAGGAGCUAUGAAUGCUCUGAUUAGAGUGUCAUCAGAGAUAAGCAACGCCCCUUUCAUCCUCAACUUGGACUGUGAUAUGUACCCAAAUAAUGCAGAUACAAUUCAAGAAACACUAUGUUUCUUCAUGGAUGAAACAAGAGGCCCCGAGAUAGCUUUUGUGCAAUAUCCGCAGAGCUAUAAUAACAUCACCAAGAAUGAUCAUUAUUCCAAUUCAGUUCCUGUGGUCAAUGAGUUUGAGCUAGCUGGCAUAUGUGGAUAUGGUGCAUCCUUGUAUUGUGGAACCGGAUGUUUCCAUCGAAGAGAAAGUUUGUCAGGAACUUCCUUGAGAGAUUACAGAACAAAAUGCUACAAUAAGCCUAAAAGAGAAGAUAACAGAACAGUCAAUGAAUUGAAUGAAGCAUCAAAGGCUCUUGUCACUUGCACAUAUGAGCAAGGCACUCAAUGGGGGAAGGAGAUGGGAUUAGUAUAUGGUAUUCCUGUGGAAGACAUUGCUACAGGACUUGCUAUCUCAUGCAGGGGUUGGAAAUCGAUUUAUUACAAUCCAGAGAGAAAGGCUUUCAUGGGUGUAGCUCCAACAACCUUAGAUGUAGCUCUUGUUCAGCACAAGAGGUGGUCAGAAGGAAUGUUCCAGAUUUUCUGCUCCAAGUAUUGCCCUUUCAUCUAUGGACAUGGAAAGAUAAACUUGGGUGUUCAAAUGGGAUACUGUAUUUACCUCUUAUGGGCUCCUAUGUCCCUUCCUACUCUCUGUUAUGUCAUUGUUCCUCCUAUUUGCUUAUUUCACGGCAUUCCAUUGUUCCCACAGCUUUCAAGCCUAUGGUUCCUUUCCUUUGCAUAUGCAUUUCUUGCCACCAAUGCCUUUAGCUUAUGUGAGCAUUUGAGUUGUGGUUCCACAGUAAAGAGUUGGUGGAACUUGCAAAGAAUGAGGCUCUUCCGAAGGACCACCUCGCAUCUCUUUGCUUUCAUUGACACCGUGACCAAACAAUUAGGACUAUCAGAGACAAACUUUGACAUCACAGAUAAGGUGGUCACGGAGGAAGUUCAAAAGAGAUAUGAGGAAGAGGUCAAGCCAAUUGAUGAUGCAGAUUAUGCUGAGUUCAUUAAUGGUAAUGGUCAAUUUGCCAGUGUAUGAGGCUCUUUUCAUCCGUAGUGAUAAAGGGUGCAUAUCAUCCUCAAUCAUGCUCAAGUCCAUUGUCUUGGCUUCGUUGGCCUGUUUAGUAGCACCUUUCAUUUGCUAGUAUUGGAAGUGUGGCGCACCAGUGAUAAAAAUCUCUAUCAAUUCCUUCUUUCUUUCUUUUUUUUUUGGCUUGAUGCUUUAAAUGUGAGCUUUAGUUAUCUUUAAAGUACUUUGCUUCCCAAGAAUCU